AUGCGCGGCGGCGACCGCGCGGAUGCGGCGACGCCGCUGCUGGCGCGCGGCGGCGCCUGGCGGCGGCCGACGACGCGGCGGCUGCUGCUCGCCGCCAUUGGCGCGCUCGCCGUCGCCUGCGUCGUGCUGCCGGCGCGGCCCGCCGGCGCGCGCGCGUCGGCGCUGCGCGCGGCGGCGUCGGCGCCGCGCAUCCUGGCGUCGAACAAGUACGGCGGCGCGCCGUCCUUCGCCAGCUACCGCUUCUCGCGCGGCGACGGUCGCGCGGAGGCGCGGCUCCUCGUGGAGCCCGCGCGGCCCUCCACCCUCACGCUCGACGGCGCCGGUUCGGCGCCGGCCUGGCGCCUCGAGGGCGCCGACGCCGCCGGCGCCGCGCUGCGCGGCGACGUCGUCACCGCCGACCGGCCCGGGUCCUUCCGCGUCGUCGCGGCCGUCGGCGGACGGACUGUCGCGUCCGCCGUCGCGCACUGCCGCUACGUGCGGCGCGAGAUCCGCGCGCUCGACGCGGAGGACCGAAAGCGCUACCUCGGCGCGCUGCGCGCCAUGGCCACGACGCCCAAGGCCGCGGGCCUCGCGGCCUACGGCUCCGGCUUCCGCACG